UCGGAAUCGUGUCCUUCACAACUACGUUAAUCUUGUACCCUGUUGAUAAGUCGGUCGUAUCGCAUCGUCUCGCCAAAUUGUUUAAAAGCAAUUCCGAAUAUAUAUUAAAUUGUUUUUGAUUAUUUUUUACAUAUAUACACACACGAUACACCCUUAGAUCAAUCAAAAAUACCAGUUAUGGAUGAAACGAUUAAAUAAUCUACCAACAUGGCCGGGAGAAUUAUUGGUUAAAAAAUCCGACGUGUCGAAAAUUUUACAAAAUUAGUUAUUAUUGAAAAUGGAACGAUUUAAAUUUUGCUGCACAAUAAGUGUCCGUCAUUUAAUAUUCGUCUUCAUAGUUGUUGCAUUCUGUAGCUCAAAGGCCAAUGGUUUCGAGCCGGAUUUCUUGUUUCCUCUGGAGAACGUGACCAUAGCCCAGGGCCGUGAUGCUAUUUUCACGUGCGUGGUGAACAAUAUCGGCGGUAACAGGGUGAGUGCUCCUGAAGGCGACUUCACACCAGCCAGGGUAGCUUGGAUUAAAGCCGACACUAAGGCUAUAUUGGCUAUUCAUGAACAUGUUAUCACUAAUAAUGAGAGGUUGUCGGUCACGCACAACGAUUACAACACGUGGACGUUAAAUGUGCGGACGGUCCGUAGAGAGGAUCGUGGCACAUACAUGUGUCAAGUUAACACAGACCCGAUGAAAAGCCAAAGCGCUUUUCUCGAAGUAGUCAUUCCUCCGGAUAUAGUUUACGAGGAGACAUCCGGUGACAUGAUGAUACCAGAAGGCGGUUCGGCCAAAUUAGUGUGUAAAGCGCGUGGGUAUCCAGAACCAAAAAUACUGUGGCGAAGAGAAGACGGAGGAGAUAUAAUUGCUAGAACAGGAACAACGACCAAAACGAAAAUGCAAACGGUCGAAGGCGAGUUUUUAGUAUUAUCUAAAGUGACAAGAUCGGAAAUGGGAGCAUACUUAUGCAUAGCAGCCAAUGGUGUGCCCCCAUCAGUGAGCAAAAGGCUAAUGUUACAUGUUCACUUUCAUCCUUUGGUGCAAGUUCCGAAUCAACUGGUAGGCGCACCGCCCAGAACAGAUAUAACACUUCAGUGUUAUGUGGAAGCUUCGCCAAAAUCUAUUAACUACUGGACUAGAGAAUCAGGAGAGAUGAUAAUAUCAAACGACAAAUACAACAUGACUGAAUUAGCAGUAUCAUACUACAGUUCUCAGAUGAGAUUGACUAUAAGAAGACUAAAAAAAUCGGAUUUAGGUGGUUAUAAAUGUAUAUCGAAAAAUUCUAUCGGUGAAGCAGAAGGCAAUAUUAGAGUUUAUGAAAUGGACUUAACCAAAUCUAAGACUCCUGGUGAAGAAGAUAGGGAUAAUACUAUAAACGUAUCAAAUUUUGACGAAGAAGAAUACAAUGGACAAAAUUCUACAAACAACGUUCCAUCCUACAAAGACCAAACUCAUCGUUUACACAGAUCGUCGGCAAAUUCAAAAAAGAAUAUUGGGAUGAACAUGAUUUCUUUAGCUUUACCAGUAAUUCUGUCACUAACACAACAAAAAAUAAUGCAAUUGACUAGAAAAUGAAAAUCAUUAUUUUAAAUACUAUACUUGUAAAUAAUUAUAAAUAACAUAAUUAACAUUUUAAUAAAAAUUUUACCAUUCGAUGAGUCAUUGCGAACAAUGAGCCUCAUUCUUUUUUUUUUUAAUUAAUUACAAUUAUUAUUCUAUCUUAAUGAAAAAUGUACGAUUCCUAAAACUUAUAUUAUUUGGGACCGGAAUUAUAUGCAUUUAUAAAUUUAGUAAGUUAUUCUGAACUCGCCAUCAGCCAUUACAUAUUUUUAUUAACCGACUUGAAAACUUAGUUAUGUGUUAUUACCAGGAUUGUUGCUUAGAGGAUAGGGGGUUCUUACUCCCUAAAAUAAAAAAUAUUUCUUUGCUAUUAUAUAAUCAUAUGGCAAAGUUGCACAAAUUUAGGACCCUUCAAAGUGGCUCAAACACAAUUUAUAAAUGCAUAUAUUCUGAGCUUUACAUGUUAUUUAAUGUUCAGUAAGUAAGGAAAUGGGUUUCUAUUGUUCUCAUUGUUUAUAACAAUUUACCUGUUUCCUUACUUACUGAAAACCCUGUAUAUAUGGUUAUGCAAAACAAUUAUUUCAAUAAAUUCUAUUUAAAAAAAAAAAGUUUAAAAACAAACAAAUGCCAUUUAUUUAUUACAUCAAAUAUUUGAAGAAUAAAAAUAGCUCUCUCAACCAAAAAACUUAACCAUUUUAUUAACUACAGAUGCUGAAGGAACAGGUAAAAUAACAUAUAACCCCUAUUUUUGAAAGGAGAUCAUAAAUACUUGACCAUAAAACGUCGGAUAAAUGAAUAUUCAAACAUGAAACUAUUGCAGUGGAUUUCCCACAAAUUUUUGAAUAUUAAGAAUGUAUUUAUAUGUACAUUUUACAACUUAAAUAUUAAUAUUAAUUUUAUUAUUAUAUGUAUAAUGUAACAUCAUAAUUCAUAAGUAAAAAUUGUUUAAGUAAUAAAAAAUUGAUAUUGUAUUAUUACACAUUGUUAUU